GACCCGCUAAAAGUUCGCCUUCCCCGUUCCGGCCUCUCGGGCUCCAAACACCCUGGCCUCUCCUCCCAUGUCGCAGUGGGGUGGACCAAAACCCUAACCCUAGCUCCUCCUGAGGUCGUAUCCAUGGACGCGAAGGACAUUCUCGGGAUCCCGAAGACCCCCUUCUCGUCCUCCCAGGAGAAGAAGUCGCGACCGCCCAAGGAGCCCCAGCGCAAGCCCGAUGGCGUCUCGCGCGAGGUCUAUGCGCUCACUGGAGGGGUGGGAAUGGCCCCGCUCAUGCCGACCGUCGAGGCAUCGCACCUGAAGCGGCGGCCUGCUGCCGAGAAGGAGAAGGUAACAUGGCAGUGGUUACCUUUCACGUCCUCUGCACGAACUGACAACCUGCAACUCUAUCACUGGGUUAGAGUUGUUAAUGGUGUUCAACCAACAGGUGACUAUCAGUUUGCAAAAUAUAACAAGAAGGUGGAUGUUCUUAAGUACACGGAUGAGGAAUAUGAGAAGUAUUUAAUUGAUCCUGCAUGGAGCAGGGAAGAAACAGAUCAGCUAUUUGAAUUAUGUGAACGGUUUGACCUUCGCUUCAUAGUAAUAGCAGAUAGGUUUCCAGCUGCUCGCAGUGUGGAAGAUCUGAAGAGCCGUUACUAUUAUGUUACUCGGACUCUUCUAAUUGCUAGAGCUCGUUCAGUUGAUGAGGUUUCUGGGAAUCCUCUUGUGAAGGAAUCCUACGAUGCUGCUCAUGAGACUGAGAGGAAGCGUGCAUUAUCUGCACUUCUCUCCCAAACAAAACAUCAAGAACGAAAGGAUGCUGAGAUUUUAGCAGAAGCUAAACGUAUUAUGGAAUCUCGCGCUGCUAACAAAAAUGCGGACGAAGCCGGAGUGCCUUCAAGCUCUGAUAAUGCUAUGGUUCCUGUUGAAGGUGUACCUCCCUUGAGUGGCACUCACCCAUCGUUAGCACAUCCAUCGGCGAAUAGCUCCAUACCUAAUUCACUGCGAAUGCUUCGAGUGUAUUUGAGAACCCAUGCGCUUGACCAAAUGGUUCAAGCAGCAAGUGCUUCAGCUGGCCUUAGAAUAAUCAAAAGGGUUGAUCAGACCCUACAAGAUCUAGGGGUUAAUUUGAAGCCUAAGGUCCCAACGAAAGCAGUUUGUGUUGAACAUCUUGAAUUGCGGAACGAGAUACUCACAUUGCUUAACCUACAGAAGCAGCUGCAAAAUAAAGAGGCAGAAGUUUCAGCUAACAGAGAAAGUUCCUUCACGGAGGCACCAAGCACACCUAUGCGUUCUAAUAGAGAUAUUGAUAGGCCUUUUGUCCUGGACACAGUUGGGUUUACAGGUGAAAGAACGGGCAAGCGGGACCACAAAAGGAAGACCACCGGAAGAUUUAUAGAUGCGCCUCCGUCACCAUCCGAGUCCAAGAGGCCUCGGAAGUUGAAGGGAUCUGACUGAUAGUGCUGUUCAGAUAGUAUGGAAGAAAACAUUCUGUAGUCAAACAACCUGGUAGAGAUUGAAUUUCGGGCCUUGGAUUGAAGUUAGUUGGGGUGGUCGGUCUUGCAAGAAUCGGCUUUUGUGGCUAGAAGAUGUGCUUGCCCUGUCUCUCUACAGUGCAUCUGCCCGGAGUACCUGGAAUCAUGGCCAUGAUUUUCAGUUCGGUUUUGGAUUUGUAAUGUAUUUAUUAUGAUGUAUGUAGAGAUAACAGUGAGAUUGAAAACAUUCCUGUUCAGCUGAUUUCUGAGUUGAUCUAGUAUUGGAGAUGUAGCUUACGUUGCUCUAGUCAGUUAAAGCCUCUCAUAUGGGACCCAUCGGAGGGAUGAGAGACAGCCGGUGCCAGCCCAGCUGCCAAGCUCAGUUGGUUGCAAGCCCAGCUGCCAAGCUCUUGGAUGGUGUUGACGUGGUGAUCUUAAAGCUUACAUUCUUUCUAGCUCUGUGCUCGUCUCCUUUAUGUUGCGACAAAAGGAUGAAGCUUUUUUAUGAAAUCUGCUUGUUUCUC